AUGAAGCUCGUUGCCAUCCUUGCCCUGUGCAGUAUAGGGGUCACGACAAGGGCUCUUGCUACGCAGACGACUAGCGGGCCUGGCGACAGAAAGCCCCUUUAUGAUGCUCUUCCUGCUGGAGCACCAGACGGCCUACACAUGGGGAGCUUGAACCCAGAUGGCACAACCCACUGGGAGUACAUUGGAGAAGCGGAAUACCUGCCUUUCAACAGUAGCGAACUUCCAAGCGGUGUGCCAACCAUCCUUACCAAGCGAUCGGACUAUGGCACUCACUGCGACGGCGGAUAUCUUCCUGAUUCCGAAUGGACACGUGCCGCGAGCGGUCUCCAACAAAUCUGUGGCGAUGGCCGUGAUUACACCGGUGUCCUUACUUAUCAGUACGGCUCCACGAUUGCCUAUGCCUGUAACUACGGAAAUGGUCAGAGGUGCGUCUCGCAUGAUGUUUGGAAUUACCAGACCCAGCUUCGGAACGCCUGUUAUGAACAGCGAGGGUGGUUCUCUAUUCCAAGUGCAAAAUUGUCCUAUGGUAUGACGCUUGUCCACAACGGGUUUUGCUAG